CGGCGGUUGGAUGUUGGCAAUUCGAAACAGUGUUUUUCGGAAACACAAGAGUGUUGCAGCUCGAUACUCCAAUAAUCCUUCAUUCUUGAAGCCAGAGAUAUGGACUCUUAUGGUUGAUGAGUGGCUCAAAGGAGAUUGGCAGGACUGGAGUUGAACCAAGUCCAAUUGAAAUGUUUAGAAUGUUUCAUGUUUCAAAGACCAAAGAUGAUCAGCCCGAAGAAUGGUCGACUGGGAAGGCAAAUGAACUCUAUCAAGAAAUGGAAGAUGAAAGACUUUUGGAGGAGAUGAUCAGAGAUGAUGGAGAAGAACCGCUGGAUGAUUGGGGAAUAUACAAGGAGAUAGUUGCAAAGCCUAAACAUGGAAAAAUUCGUGGCUUAGGUGAUACAAUGGAACCACCGAAUGAGUUAUGUGCUUCGAGCAGCAGUAAGUCUUGCACUAAUGGUUCAUGCUUGGAACGUGAAAAAGAGAUUGGAGAACUAAAACAAGAAGUCGGAACUCUUAAGGAUGGGUUGGCUGAUAUGAAACAACUUGUUCAAGCUCUUAUUGCUAAUGUGGCACCAUCUCUGUCUACUUCUCCAAUCUCACCUGCAACUGCAGCUGCACUGACCACAAAAGAUACUAAUGGAGAUACUGAAGCACGUGCACCUUGA